CUAUGUAUGAUCGUUCGAUAAUUUGUUUCACCGGCUCUGGCGCAUUCAAGCCUCGCUCUAUUCACCCUCGGUGCUUUGCAAGAUGCACGUGGCUGAAAAGUCUGUAGGGGUCUGCAUAUGCCUGAUGAUCGGAUUGAGUCCGUUGACCUUCGCGAAUGGUCUAUUUUAUCCGGAGUUAAGGAGUGACUUACAAGAAUACCAAGAUGCGAGCAAGUGCUACCCGAACGUUGGAGAAUGGUACCUUAUGUACAGGAACUACGAAGUCGAUGCCAUCAUUGGUGGAACAGCCAAAUGCGUCAAGUACAGCAUACACGGAUCGUACGAAAACUUCAGCACCUCUGCCAUGUUUACUUUUGGCAGAGAUGGAUAUACGAAGGGAAAACUUAGCCUGAGCUCAACGGACUGCUACAUCGGCAAAAACGUGAAGACAUUUGUUCCGCAGAACAACAAUUAUCCGCAAGAGUGGACUCAAAUCAUUUACAUGAACUGUGAGACUUGUUUCGUUGCUCGCCACCCGUACGCCAAAAAUGGUCUGGGCUGUUCGCUUUGGCGUCGCUCGAACAACCUCUACGAGUCGGCGUAUUGCUGCGAGUUCAUAUUCGACCAGAACUGUGGUGCUUCGAGAAAGUACUACAUGUACAAUCCCACAUGCACGUGGACGACAACCACAGAAACACCGUGACGCUUUUAGGGCUUCUAUCUGGACCUGAAGUCGCUAUGGACGAGCCGGGUGGCCGCAUUGCGUACAGUCGGCGCCAGAAGUUUAGAAACUACCUGGUCUGAGAAUACAUUAUGAAUUCAUCCGUUACUAGUGACUUUUCAGUGCAAUUGCACUCUUCAUGCUUGCCGGUUUCGGAACAGGUCGAUAUAUAAAUUCAAAGUUACCUGCCAAAGCAACCGUUCAGCCUAUUCUUGCACCUCGUGGUCUGUAAACUUUUGGGGCUAGGUGUACAUUUCAUUCAGAAAAGAACGGGCAGUUUGAAGAUGUUACAGCUGCCUUUGUUAUGAAAAUAUUGUCAUGAGUAUAUUAAAAUUACCUAUAGUAUUACCUAAGCACACGAAUAAAUGGAAGUUAUUUUCGAACUGCGAAAA